UCAUUCACACCGAGAUCUGCGGACACAGGAGAUAUCUCAGCCUAACGCCGACCAGACCAGCUCGUAUCCCGCAGCAGACCUGCUCAAUCCUCUUGCUUUUUUUUUCUUUUGUAAAUAAUACAGUAGCUAAAACAGGCAUUCAGAGAAAUCAGCAAAGUUAAAUAAAGAAGAGAAGGAAGAAGAAUGGGGCAGAAAACGCCAUUAAUAUUGAUGACUUUAUUGUCUUAUUGCGUCUGGAGAGAUGAGGCUCUGGCCAUGACGGAUGUGAAUGGACCGGUUAGCGGUCCUCGUGUGGCAGAACCUCAGAUUGCCAUGUUUUGUGGCCGUCAGCUUCUACACAUGAACACUGAGAGCGGACAGUGGGAACCAGAUCCUCAGGGGCGACAGGGAUGCUUCACCCAGCCCAGCAAGAUCCUGUCAUACUGCCAAGAGAUGUAUCCAGGACUGCAGAUUUCCCAUGUGGAAGAGGCCUCAUCUCCAGCCACCAUCCAGGGCUGGUGUAAGAAGGGCUUGGGUAAAUGUCAGACCCGCCCCUUCAUCGUUGUGCCCUACCGUUGUCUGGUGGGUGAGUAUGUCAGCGAUUCACUCUUGGUCCCGGAUCGCUGCCGUUUCUUACACCAGGAGCAGAUGGAUUCUUGCGAGAGCUACGUGUACUGGCACAGCAUCGCCAAAGAGGCGUGCACCGCCGACAGUCUGGAGCUGCAUAGUUACGGGAUGUUGUUGCCGUGUGGUGACCGUUUCCGUGGGGUGGAGUACGUCUGUUGCCCCGGUAGGGCAGGAUCGAGUGGACGGGGCGAAACGGAGACUGCAGACACUGUACAAGGAGAAACAACACCCCUCGUCUCCAUGGCUGGAGAAAAAGUUGUCACCAGUGUGAAAACGACACCACCCACCCCCAGUCCCUCCCCUGAGACGGACAUCGAGGAAGACGACAUGGAGGAAGAAGAGGAGGAGGUAGUGGAGGAAGAAGCUGAGGAAGAAGAGGAUGAAGAGGAGGAGGAUAGGAAUGAAGAAGAGGCAGCUGAGGUAGAGGAAGCUGAGGAGGAGGAAACCCCCACAACAGCAAAGGACCAAGAAGAUUAUGAGUAUCCCAUCGACUCUCAUUUCCAGGGCCAAGACUACAUGGACAACUUCUACUACGACAAGAACCUCCAGACUGCCAAAGCCUCCACCCAACCUCAAACUCGAAUGGACAACCUGCCCACUCCUCGUCCUACAGAUGGCGUGGAUGUUUACUUCGAGAUGCCGGGAGACGACAGUGAACAUGCCAACUUCCUGCGUGCCAAGAUGGACCUGGAGGAACGGCGAAUGAAACGCAUCAAUGAGAUCAUGAAGGAGUGGGCAGAGGCUGAUAACCAGUCAAAGGACCUGCCUAAGUCAGACCGCCAGGCACUGAAUGAGCAUUUCCAGUCUGUUUUACAGACCCUUGAGGAGCAGGUAGCCGGGGAGAGGCAGAGGCUGGUGGAGACACACCUGGCCCGUGUGGUUGCCACCCUGAAUAACAACCGUAGACUGGCACUGGAGAGCUAUCUGAGCGCUGUGCAGAGCGACCCUCCACAGCCAGACCGUGUGCUUCAGGCUCUGAAGCGCUAUAUGGCCGCGGAGCAGAAGGACCGACGACACACUCUUCGUCAUUACCAGCACAUCGAGUCUGCCGACCCCCAAAAGGCUGAGCAGAUGAAAUUCCAGGUGUACACACACCUGCAUGUGAUCGAAGAGAGGAUGAACCAAAGCCUGGCUCUGCUCUAUAAAGUCCCCGGCCUGGCUGAGAAACUUCACGACGAAAUCCAGGAGUUGGUGAGAACAGAGAGAGGGGACAUCAGCGAACUCAUGACCACUUCCUUUUCCGAGACGCGCACCACAGAAGAGCUGCUUCCUGCCGAGAGCGAGGAAGAGCGAGAUGAUGAGGAGGAAGAGGACAGAGCUUUCCAGAACCGCCCCUACCCACCACGCAUCGACCCCCAGCCUAGGGAUAAGAAAGUUUCAUCAGUAGAUGAGUAUGACUACACCACCUCUGAGAGAGGACCAACUUAUGAAUACGAGGAGAAGAUCAACACCUCUGUAGAGCUAAAGCAAGUGGUCUACAAGUCUCCAGGAAUCCAGAGAGAUGAGCUGCAGCCGGACGUUUUGGAGACGUUUAACCGCGGGGCAAUGGUGGGGCUGCUGGUGGUUGCCGUGGCCAUCGCUAUGGUGAUGGUCAUCAGCUUGUUGCUAGUCCGCCGUAAGCCAUAUGGAACCAUCAGCCAUGGCAUAGUAGAGCAGGUCGACCCCAUGCUGACCCCCGAGGAAAGACAGCUCAAUAAGAUGCAGAAUCACGGCUAUGAAAACCCCACUUACAAAUUCUUCGAGCAAAUGAACUGAGGAGGGUUCUGCAGUCUCAAGGCCAUGCCCUCCCCUCUCGCCUCCCGUUUUUCGAUUGGGGUUUCCACUGCAACCCCCUCUCCCUCGUGUACCCUAUGUAUGUCUAUAUGACCGAUGUUCAAAAUGUACAACAAACCCGGCACGUAAAUAGGGAGUUUGUAUUAAAACGUUUGCAUACUACUCUCUCUUCAGGGAGAGAGAACACCAAUAAGAGAAUCCGCAGACCACCGAGAGCUCCUUUAUCCCCCGGUUUUUGCUUUCGUUCAUGAGGGCGUGGCCGUGCCGAGCAUGUUUCGGCGGUUUUAAAAUCUCGUGAGAAUAGUGUCACACAUUCUUUCCGAACGAAUUACGUGUUUCAAAGAAGCUAAACAUGUUCGACGUGAACGGUUUGUUUUGUCAUUUCUAUUUUCAAAGCAGAGUUUAUUUCAUGGUGAAUCUGUGAUAUGAAUGAAAUAAUAUAUUUUUGAGUUCACUACAGAAACCCGGGAGGGAAAUCGAGACAUUUUGGCCCUCUAAGACAAAAAUAAACUACUGUUUCAAUAAGACUUCAAAAGAAAGGAGGUUUGUAUUAACAUUAUAACUAAACCAUCAAACAUUCUGCUAGAUUAUUAGCCUCAAUCACACACCGUAAGAAACUGAAUCAGUGUUUUAAAUGUACCACGAACGUUCAUCCAACAAUACUACCCUAAAGCUUAGGAUAUUUUUCUGGUAUCGCUUCUUUAAAAAUCAAUUCUAAGUAAUCCAAAGUCCAUACGCGUAAAGAAAAAGCAUGCAAAAUUUGGUGUAUGAUGCUAUAACGUACUUGUGUUGGUCCUGUUUCUUGCUUUUUGAUAAAAAUGAAAAAAAUCAGUGCAACAAUGACGUGUACAUAACUAAAGACGUGACUCGAAUAGACGUUUCUAUCGUUAAUUUGUAUCGACGCAACGUGUGGACGAAAAAGAUGACCUUGUGCUGCUCACACAGAGAAUGAAACAUUUCCUAACAUGGCUGAAUGAAAACGGACUGUUGUAUAAACCAGCACAAGAAAAUGACACGGUAUCUCCUGACUGAAUGUAUCUUCGGUAGACAUAGGCUCCAUUCACCGUUCCUCCUAACACACCACGGCGGUUAGAGCGUAGGUUAGUUAGCUUAGCUAAUCGCUCCGUUUUCAUACAGUAGUUGAUUUAACCGUCGAGGGUUUGUGUUGUGUGACUGAAACUAGUAUGCCGUCACCUGUGAAAGGUGGUAAACAACUUUCACCGAUUCCAAAACUGGUUUAAGUUUCUACACGUGUCACUAAGGCCUGAAAAAUCAAGUUUUUUUUUUUUUUUUUAAUAUAUAAAUAUAUAUUAGGGGGUUAUAGAGUUGUCUGUUUAUUGCAUUUAUGUUCUAGUACAUGAUAGAAAUUUUAAAUCAAACUUUUGGGUGUCCGUCGCUGUGACACAAAUAACGUGAACACAACAAUUUACUGUUAGCCUGUCGUAGAAAGGACAUGUCUUAGUCUGAAUCUUUUUAAUUGUAGAACUUACAGGUUUUUGUGAAGAAUACGGAAUCAUCAUUUAUAUUACGUGACAUAUCAACAGAAGUGAAACCAAAAUGUGGGCCCAGUACGUUUGUUUUCCGUUUCUGCAGUCCAAAACUACACUUUUAUAUAAACCAAACCAAACUCCGUCCUGUGGAAUCGUAGCUCAUAUUUACUUUAGAGUUAUUUUUCGGAGUCAAGAUGCACCAAACAUAAUGACAUGAUCGUUUGUAUUUAAUUGCAUUGCCUUUGUUGUCUUCCUUUGUCCUGGAACAGUCACAUUUGAACAUACCUGAACUGAAACCAAACAAAAAUGAAUUUAACCUCUUUGAACAAAAGCAUCAAGGCAUGCUACUCAUUCUUAAGGCACCAUUAGAAACCUCCUGGUCUAAUUCAACACAUGGCAUCAGAAGCUCAUGGCACUUAAAACGGAUCGUGGAUGGCUCUGUAGUCUUGAUCGCACUGAGGUGCAUUUAUGAAUUGUGAUCAGUUAACAUUGUGGUUCGAUGCCCUAAUUUAGGACUCUUAAAUAAGAUUUCGUACCAGCAUCAGGCAGAUUUAGGACAAUGUAUUCAGUAAAGAUUGAUUUUACAUUUAUACACGUCUUCUCUCGGCUGAGAUGACGCAUCCCUCUCUUUUCCUGAACCAAUAGAAAUGUAAACAAAGUUACGGAUGUUUUAACUGCUGCAUUAUUGCCUUUUUCAAUGCUGUGUUUUGGAUGUAAUUCUAUGUAUUUUUUAUUUAAGUCGAUAUUAAUUGGAGUUUGGGUCAUUUGCUAUAUAGAUUUGGACUGUAAACACUGAACGGGUCUGAUCAACAUCAUGCUUUUAAACUAAACUAAAUAACAGAGCACAACUGUAUCCAGAUUGACUCAUUUGUGUCCAUUCAUCACUUCAGAAUCUUCCCUCGUCUUGCUGAAUUCAUUACUGAAGGAUCAAUGCAGUGAAGGUUAAGAUGGAAACGCAUUUAGCCUAUAGAUCUAAUGUGUUGAACAUCCUAUACACCCCAGUUUUAUCUUUCAAAUUACUAGCAUGUAUUAAAGAUGCAGCUUGUUAAUGUAAAAAUAAUUGGUUACUUUAAAAGUAAAGAUUUGGUGAACUGGUGCUUUAAGGAACUUUACAGAAUUUGACAUUAAGCUACUGAAACCAAUGCAAUGAAAUAAGCUGAUCUGGAAUCAUUCUGAAUUUCACCAAAGACAUGUUCUGGAUAUGAUUGGAAGGCCAAAUAAUGUGUUGUGUUUUUAAUUGACAUGUAUUGUAAAAGCAAGCAACCUGUGAACUGAUCUGGCUUGUUGUACUUGCAUUAAAAUGACAAUAAAAUUAUAAAUGACCCACA